UCGGUCGCUCGUUUGCUUCGUUUCACAAAAGUGAAGUGUUCAUCAUUCUCUACAGUCGUGAAAAUUUUUGCUCCUCGUUUUCGAGUGUUGGGUCGUCGUCGUGGUGGUUUUUGGUGUGUCCAUAAUUUGCGUCCGUACCGGAAACGGUUCGCGAUAUGUGCGUAGCGAUUGUCCGCGGCCCAGUUCAGUGUCUCGGAGUUGAUAAAGUGGCAUUUUGGGCAGAGCGCAGAAAGAAUCCGAAAAUGUUAAUUGGUCUGUAGGAUAGAUCCAGACGAGGACGUGUGAACGAGAAAGCAGAGCGAAAGACAUCUACACUUACAAACACGUCGACAUCGUAUGCUGGUACUGCUGCAGUGGCCAGAAGAACCCGUUUGUGACCUACCGUGACAACAUUUCAGACAGCCAGCGAACAUAGUCUAGUGCAGAUCAGUAGAGGAACAGUGUUCAUUCAGCCAGCGGAUAGCCAGCAGUACAAUUACUCAACGUCAACAAACGGCGGUGUAUUGUGUCACAAGACCCGACCGCGGCUGCCAAUCAGUGCUGCCAUCCCGUAGCACAACCACCCUGAAGAGUGCAGUUUGUUAAGGUUCCCAUGUAAAAACGAAACGAAGAUAGUACUGUGCGCCUGACUGUGUUGUUUUAUUUGAUAGUGCGAGUGUCUGAGUUUAAGUCAUAAAUCGUAAGAGAAAAAAGUCGAAAAGUACAUCGAGCUAAGAAAUAAAAAUGAAAAGUGUACUGCACAUUGAAGGCCUUUACUGUUUCUUCCAGUCAUGAGAAAGAAACUUUUACAGUUUCCACGAGCUCUAGAGUAAUGUCAAUAGAUCUAAACAUCGGCAAUUCAAAACAAAAGUAGUGCUUUUUCAUGCAACCAGUGAAAAUCAGUGCUGUGCUGUGCAAAGUUGGAUGUGCUACUGGAAAUAAAAGAGAAAUGGUUGCUUCAAAGUAAUUAGCUAAAAUAAUAAUAAAUACGCGAGAAAUACACCUAUACGUGAGUGCACUAGUGUGCGGUAUUAUUAUAAUACUGCGGCGUUUUAAUCUGCGCCAUACCUAUCGACCAUUUAUUUUGAAGGUUUCGGUGUACCCACUGCCGAAGACGAGAAAGGCAAAAAUCGAAGAUAGACUCACGGAAGCGCUGGAGAACGAAAAGAAUAGCAUAGAUGCGAUAGCGGUACAUAAAUGCAAAGUGUGAUUGAAAACAGGAGGCACAGAUUUGCGGCCACCGCACUGUACGAACAGAUAGGUGAAAAAUGAACAAGUUGGAAUAUUCGCGACGGAAUGGCACUCAGAAGAUACGAAUCACAAUUCUAUGCGCUCGCAACCUGGCACGAAAGGAUAUUUUUCGACUGCCGCAUCCGUUCGCAAAAAUCCAAGUCGAUGGAACUCCUCAGGAAUUCAAAACGGAAAUAUGCAAGGCGUCGCUGGAACCCCGGUGGCAAUCUCACUACGAUCUGUACCUGGGAAAAAACGACAACAUUACGAUAACGAUUUGGGAUCACCGUAAGGUACAAAAGCGGCAAGGCUCUGGGUUUCUGGGCUGCGUGCGUAUUGUGGCCGGUACAAUUCCAAGGCUCACCAACGCUGGAUUUCAACGAUUAGAUCUAUGUAAGGCUUCACAGGAUGAUACGGAUCCAGUUAAGGGCCAGAUUAUCGUUUCGCUUAUGUCCCGAGAUGGUACCACGGGUGGUACUCCGUUAGCGAUAGUCGGUCCCGCCGGGGACGUUCGCGGUCCGGAUGACGACGAAGAAAUCAUCCAAGACGAACUACCUGCUGGAUGGGAAGAACGCGUGACGGCAAUAGGCCGUGUCUACUAUGUGAAUCAUGUCACUAAAACAACCCAGUGGUCUCGGCCAACGGAACCGGCCGGUUCGGUACCAGCGGCGUUGAGCAACGGUAGCAGCAACAAUAGCAGUGCCGAUUCGAUUCUUCCGGGACCCUCGAAAUCGGCUACAAACAACAGUAUCAAUAGUAUUCAGUCGAAUGAUUCCGGCAGCCGCAGGCAUUCAGCAGAGAUACUACUCAACAACUCUAACAAUAAAGAAAACUGCAAUCUUGAGAAAGAACGCACGAAGGACCUGGAAUCUGGAGUGAAUGUAACGAAUGGGGCUGUAAUUGCGCCGGGAAAGGGUGGAGGAUUUGGACUUCGGCUUGAAGCAAAAAGUCCCGUACGAAAACAGAACGAAACAGUUCUGAUAACACCCAGCUCUAGCACGAGUCCACUCAGUGAGAUAAACAGUCCAGUAACAGCGAAGACAACAGCAGAACUGCCAUCGCCAAGAGCAUCGUCCACUGCAAGGGAUCCACAACCGCUAGCAGGACUUCCAAAUGCAAUAGGCUCACUGUCAAUAGAUCCGCCCAACACGCGAACGCCACAGCCAAAUGGCAAUAUUCCAAAUCUGCACAGCAACGUGGCGUCUAGUAGCAUUAACACCAAUAAUAGCAACAACGGAAAUAGCACAAAUAUAGUCAGCGGUAACGCAAAUUUUAUAAACUCUCCCAGUUCUGGUUCCAGUAGUACCGGUAACGGAGUUUUGUUGAAUGGUAUUGGGUCUAACAAUAACAGUACCAGUAGUACAUGUAACGGUACUUCACCCACUCAUGGUGUCAGCACUAAUAACAAUGGCUCGCUACAACCCGACCAAGUGCCUUCGUUUCUGCCCUCUACAAGCAACAUGACGAAUGGUAACAGUCGCACAGCACCAGAAGGCUCAUUAGAAUCAUCGACCACACCAGGGAGAUCACAGCCACAACCUCAGCAACCGUCAUCUGCAACGAACAGCAAUGAGGGCAGCCGAGAGUCGUCAGCACUACGAACCCGUCGUUCCUCUCGUAACACAGACGAGCCUUCUUCACGCAGGCGCUCGUCUAGAACCGCUCGACCACCUCUUAUAAUGCCACCGCCCCAGACACGAGGCAGUGUACCAGUGGUACGACCUGCCGUCGAUUUACCUCCUGGAUACGAAAUGCGAACCACUCAACAAGGACAGGUAUACUUUUACCACAUACCGACGAAAAUUUCUACUUGGCACGAUCCACGGAUACCGCGGGACUUUGAUACACAAAAUAUUGCCCCGGAAGCGUUAGGUCCGCUGCCACACGGCUGGGAGCAGCGGAAGACCGCCUCCGGACGCGUUUAUUUUGUGGAUCAUAACAACCGUACAACCCAGUUUACCGAUCCUCGCCUGAAUGGACAUAUUCUACACAUGAUACGCAAGCAAGCACAGCAAACUCAACCAACACAGCCAACAACUAGCGGAACAAAUGCCUCCGGUCCAAAUGGUUGUCCAUCGACACCGGCGACGGCUGCCCUUAGCUCUCUUUCCGGAGCAGGUCCACAAGUUUCGAACGGAUCUGCGGUUGUUUCGACUGUUUCUGGCAGCUCACGACCAAUGGUAGGACCAGAAGCAAGCGUAUCCGGUAGUAAUGGCUUAUCGAUGGAACCAACACCUCAUCGGACACCUCCUUGCAAUUUCGCUGAUCUACCACAAGGUUUGCUGGACGGUGCCGAACUGUUACCCAAGUACAGGCGGGAUCUACUUGGCAAGAUACGAGCAUUGCGCAACGAGUUGCAAACACUGCAGCCCCAAUCGGGUCACUGCCGGCUGGAGGUGUCUCGACAGGAAAUUUUUGAGGAGAGCUACAGACUGAUCAUGAAGAUGCGACCAAGAGAAAUGCGCAAACGACUGAUGGUAAAGUUUAGGGGCGAAGAAGGAUUGGAUUAUGGCGGUGUAGCUCGGGAGUGGUUACAUCUUUUAUCUCGAGAAAUGUUGAACCCGCAGUACGGCCUUUUUCAGUAUAGUGGUGACGAUCGGUACUCGUUGCAAAUCAAUCCGGAUUCUGGAGUAAACCCGGACCAUCUGUCGUACUUCCAUUUCGUGGGACGAAUACUUGGCAUUGCAGUGUUUCACAAUCACGUACUGGAUGGAGGAUUCACACUGCCGUUUUACAAGCAGCUGCUGAACAAGCCAAUAACAUUGAAUGAUAUUGAGGAUGUCGACCCGGACUUGCACCGAAGUUUGACUUGGAUGCUGGAAAAUAACAUAUCCGGGGUGAUAGAGCCAACGUUCAGUGUGGAAAACAACAGUUUUGGGGCUGUGAAGGUACACGAGCUGAAACCAAACGGUGCAUCAUUACAAGUUACCGAGGAAAACAAACGCGAGUACGUGAAACUUUACGUCAACUACCGGUUUAUGCGUGGAAUUGAACAGCAGUUUCUAGCUUUAUCGAAAGGAUUUGGCGAGCUUAUACCAAGUCAAUUGCUGCGGCCAUUCGACGAACGAGAAUUGGAACUGGUAAUCGGAGGAAUCAGCAAAAUUGACGUCCACGAUUGGAAGGCUAACACACGGCUGAAACAAUGCACACCGGAAACCCCUCAAAUUAUAUGGUUUUGGCAGAUUGUGGAGUCCUACUCGCCGGAAAUGCGUGCCCAGUUAUUGCAGUUCGUAACGGGCUCUUGUCGAGUUCCAUUGCAAGGUUUUCGUGCCCUGCAGGGAUCUACUGGCGCUGUUGGUCCGAGGUUGUUCACCAUUCAUCUUACGGCAGAUGCACCACUUCAGAACCUUCCAAAAGCGCACACCUGUUUCAACAGAAUCGAUCUUCCGAUGUACGAUUCCCAUCAACUAAUGUACGACAAGCUCACGCAGGCCGUCGAGGAAACAUGUGGGUUUGCUGUAGAGUAGAAAAAAAUCCAUUCAAGCAGUUGACGUGCGUCGGUGGGUUGAUUUAUUUUUGUGUUCCAAAGUUAUUGAAACUAAUUUGAAUAAUUGGCUACUGGUAGUGGAGUGGAUGAUUCAAUUUGAAUUGGAAAUACAACAUGAAUUACAGAAAUAGAACACUUUUCCUCUUUCAGCAGAGUACAAGAGGUAUUAAUGAGUUCUCUAACAAAUUAACCAGCGAUGCUGUGGAGUGAUCUUCGACUAGAUCUGAACAAAGAUCCGCUCGAAUUGCCAUUCGUGUAUGAAAGCAUUGUUUUGGUCAAAAAUUUUUAUAUAGUGAAGUUGGCUUCACGUAAAAAGUUUUUACGGAAUAACGUGUUCCAACAGUCGUAUAAUUUUUCCUUGUAUUUGAAACAACUAAUCAAGUUUGAAAUCAAAAUCAGUCAUCGGCAGUGAUUCAAAGUAGAUAACUCAAUUUUUAGCCGUUAUUAGCAAUUGUUACAUAGUUCGGCCACAUACAUAUUAGCUCAAAAUAAGGUGAAGAUAAUUUGUCACAAAUUAAAAAAAAUCGCAAACCAUAAUAGAACUUCCAUAAACUUUUGAUAUAUACUUUUAACUUCAAGUUCAGCGAGAGUUUGCACCUGUUUGGAACCUAUUUUCCUAUCAAUUUUGUAGAAAAGAUAUCGGUUUAUCGGUACGAGUGAUAUUUAGCGACUUUUAAAUCUUAUAUCGAAACGAAAAAUACGGUAAAUAUUGAGAUUAUUAUCUUAUUAGUAGAUAUAAAAAUAUCAACCCAACGUUUCGGAAAUGUUUUCAAAAGAUUUUUUGACCAAAUAGGCAAAGCAAAAUAAAAAAUAAACAAUAUUUAAAUAAUAACAAUAUCUUUCAAUUCAAAUCAUUACAAGAUAACCAAUGGACCGGUGGUUGAGUGAUGCAACGAUAUUUUGUUAGACUUGUUGAUUAGCACUAAAAUAUAAUGGAACGGAACCGCUGGAGUUGGUUGGUAUUGCGUUGCGCAUAAAAAUCACGUUCUUAGUUGUGAACUAUCAAUUUUAAAAUAAGAUCCAAAUGGUCCAUGUGUACAUAUACCUUUUAGUUGUAGCGAUUAAUUACUUCGAACAGUUAACGCGAAUGCUGGGUUAAAUAUAUUAUAUAGCAUAGGUCGGUAGUCGCUAUCCCAGCUGUAAUCGAAUAUGUAACAUUGUUCGCACCUUCCCAUCCCAUUAGAUAGAUAGAACUCUAAUACGUUUAAUUCAACCAUGAGAAACAUAAUAAACGUUUCAUUCGUUCGUAGUAGCUUUUUGAUUAUUCUGAAUCCGUAACUAAUCACGAACGAAACGGGCAUAGGUAGACCUAUUUGGUUUCUAGGGAAGGAUAUGUUUGUAUGAAAUUUGUCGGCACGAAAUUUUUCGCCCGCUAUUUGCCGCUGUCUAUAACGGAUAAAAAUAGAUUGUAAACGUGCUGCAAUUUUGAUUGUUACAUAUGAAUUAAAUUGUAGCACGUUUUUAUAAAUCGAAUAGGGUUCAGCAUUAACAUGUGCGAAAGUUAUGUUGGUCAAAAUGUAAUCGAUAUAGUUAAGAAAGAAAUACAACGUAUAUAAAUAUUAUUGUAAAUUAUA